UAACUAACUGUGUGUCCAACAACGGUCAACGACGAACCCAGCUGAAAAGCCGUUUUUGAAAGGGUCGAUCGAUCACUUUUACAAUUUGUCCAUCACCUCAACAGUACCAUCACAUUCUCUGAUGGGUAAGCCCAGAACUCGAUCCCACUCUCGUUCUCUAGUAGAACCUUCCUCCACUCCAGAAUCCGCUGCCGCCGCCGCCGCCGCAAAGGUUUCUUUAAUCCCCUGUUCUUCUUCCUCCAAAAUCCCAUACCGGCAACGGAAAAUCCGAAAGCUUUCAACCACCACAACUACUGGUGCCAGCUCCUUUCCCCUGUAUACUGUUAAAUCAUUAUCGGUCAAAGGUGAGAUCGACCUCGCCCUUGAACAUUUGCGCAACUCAGAUCCUCUCCUCUCAACUCUAAUAGACACCAAUAAGCCACCCACAUUUGACUCCCAAAGUCCACCAUUUUUAUCUCUAGCAAGAAGCAUCCUUUAUCAACAACUCGCCCCUAAUGCCGCCAAAUCAAUCUACACUAGAUUCCUCACCCUAUGUGGUGGCGAAACUGGGGUCCUGCCAGAGAACGUUUUAUCGCUAUCUGCCCUUCAGCUCCGAGAAAUUGGAAUUUCGGGUCGAAAAGCGAGCUACCUCCAUGACCUAGCAGACAAUUUCAGAAAUGGGUCUUUAUCAGAUUCAUCAAUUCUUGAAAUGAAUGAUGAUACGCUUUUAACUAGCCUGACUGCGGUUAAGGGAAUUGGGGUCUGGUCUGUGCACAUGUUUAUGAUAUUUUCGCUGCAUAGGCCUGAUGUUUUGCCGGUGGGUGAUCUUGGUGUGAGGAAAGGAGUGCAGAAUUUGUAUGGGCUUAAGGAGUUGCCGCAGCCAUUGCAAAUGGAGCAAGUUUGUGAGAAAUGGAGGCCUUACAGGUCUGUUGGGUCUUGGUAUAUGUGGAGGCUAAUGGAAGCCAAGUCAUUGGCUAAUAAAGUGGCGAAAAAGUCCUAAUGCCUUAAAAAAGUGAAGCUGUAAAAAUCAGGUGGUGUCUUUCCUAUGGCAUGUAAGAUCAAAUUUGAGUUUAAUGGUGUCAAAAAUUUCGGUUCAAUCUAUGUGUGCAAACCAGUUAUUGGCUGCUGGUGGCAUCUGCUUUUCCAACUAUAUGGUAUGCUUUAGUCCAGUUUUGAAUUCAUAUUUUCCAUCUGAAUUUCAUUUGUACAAGACUGUUGGAAUUAUAUUACAUUAGUCAUUGGAUUAUAUAAGGUGUGUGUAGGUAUUGAUGGAACUCAGAAAGUAAGAGCUUUGGAGCUGAGAAAUCCUUAAGAAAUGCUAGGAUCAGUAGUGAUAUAUUAAUUGUUUUACAGGAAUAUGCAAGUAAAUUUACCAGCGUGGAUUUAUCUUCUUCUUUGAGGCCAAAACUCUGUUAUCAAAGUUAGCAUGUAUUCAAGAAUUCAGUUGUUCUA